AUGAGCGCCGGCUUCUCAAGCAACAUGCGGAUCAAAUUGCCCGCGGUGGCUGUCUUUUUGGAGAUCGUCGUUAUUGUUUUGUUUGGGGUAUUUGUGAGAUACACGCCAGAGGAUGAGAGCAGGGUGGCUGAUCUUUACUUGUACCCAUUCUUUCAGGAUGUUCAUGUGAUGAUAUUUAUCGGCUUCGGUUUCUUGAUGACUUUCCUGAAGAAAUAUGGCUUCAGUAGUGUUGGUAUCAACUUGCUCAUUGCUGCCUUGGGUCUCCAGUGGGGCAUUCUAAUGCAGGGAUUUUGGCAUAUGAGAGUAAACACAAUCCAUCUUGGCAUUAAAAGUAUUAUCAAUGCAGACUUCAGCACAGCAACGGUCCUGAUCUCAUUCGGAGCUGUACUGGGGAGAACAAGCCCGCUUCAAAUGCUGAUCAUGACCAUUUUCGAAAUCGCCAUCUUUACAUGCAACGAACACCUUGUCGUGAAUGUAUUCGAGGCUGCUGAUACUGGAGCAUCCAUGACCAUUCAUGCGUUUGGAGCCUACUUUGGUCUGGCUGUGUCCCGACUCUUAUACCGCCCAGGUCUGAAGAACGGGCAUGAAAAUGAAGGUUCCUCCUACCAUUCAGACAUGUUUGCUAUGAUUGGUACCUUAUUUCUUUGGCUUUUUUGGCCCAGUUUUAAUUCGGCCAUUGCAGCACCAGGAAACCAGCAAAUUGCCAUAUUCAACACGUACUUCUCUUUGGCGGCGUGCACACUUACCGCUUUUGCCCUCUCAAGCCUGGUCGAAAAGAGGGGCAAACUGGACAUGGUGCACAUUCAAAAUGCUACCUUAGCAGGAGGAGUCGCAGUGGGUUCUUGUGCUGAUCUGGAAAUCCAGCCCUUCGGGGCUAUGUUAAUCGGGUGCAUUGCUGGGAUCAUCUCAGUCCUGGGAUACAAAUACUUAACUCCAAUUGUCUUCUCAUUCCUGAAAAUUCAAGACACCUGCGGCGUCCACAACCUGCAUGGUUUACCUGGAAUUCUCGGGGGCGUCGCAAGCAUUAUUGCUGCUGCUGUGCAGGUUAACACUGUAAUAUCAGCUGGUAUGCAGGCUGCUGCUCUGGGAUGCUCCAUCGGGAUUGCUUUGGUAGGAGGAGCAUUCACAGGGUUGAUUCUGAGCUUACCUUUCUUGGGACAGCCCCCUGACCAGACCUGUUACGACGACUCGGUGUACUGGGAGAUUCCUGGGGAAGAGGAGACACAAAAAAACUGUCUUGAGUCCAAGGAAGACCUCAACAAACUCAGUGUUGAUGCAUAG